UUCCUGUUUUCGAAUUGUUUUGCCGGGAGUUUCUUGCCUGCAUCGGCGUCUUAACUAUACUGUUUCUUUCUUUUUUUAAAUCAAUAAUAUCGCGCUAUCGUUUUCAUCUGUUGUAUUUUUCACGUUCUCUUCUACCGUAUUUUCAUUUUUUUUUUUCUCUCGAAGUGCGCUUUUGUAUUUUGUCAAGACAGCGAGCGGAGGCCAUUCACACCGGAUCCACGCCGUCUACAAUAAUAUCAACAAAUCUUCGACUAAGGUGCGUUAAACAACAUGUCUAACAUUCAGCUUGUUCAGUGUGUUGAGUGCAGGAUGUUUAGUCACUCUUCCUCCGUCGUUAGUAUUAACUUUAUUUGUGAUAAAUGCAUGUUAGUUAGCUCUCUGACGGAGAAGAUUGCUGCAUUAGAGGUGCGCAUCCAGUCUCUAGAGAGGGUUAGUGAGAGUGAGAGCAGCGUAGUUUCUGUAGGGGAAAGUCUGGAUGCCUUAGGCGGAGUUAGUAAUCCCCCAACUCCGGCAUUAGAGCCCUCACAGCGGGGCGAAUGGGUGACGACUCGGCGGCAUAAUCGCAAAGCCAAAGCUAACGCUAAGGCUCGCCCACAGGAGCACCACUCCUCUCCGCUUCACGUGUCCAACAGGUUUGCUCUCCUCAGUGAAGCACCCGCUGAGAAACCUGAAAGAGCUCUGGUUAUAGGUGACUCUAUCUUGCGGCACAUGAAAUUAGCUAGGCCUUUAGGGGCACCAGCAGCUUUAGUUAGGUGUAUACCGGGAGCCAGGGCGCCGGACAUAGCAGGUAAUCUUAGGGUCUUAGGCAAGCACAGGUUCUCAAAGAUAGUUAUUCAUGUAGGAGCUAAUGAUAUACGCCUUUAUCAGUCUGAGGUUACUAAGAUUAACUUGGUAGAGGUGUGUAAAUUAGCGAAGGCGAUGUCCGAUGCUGUAGUAUGCUCUGGCCCCAUCCCAAUGCGGCGUGGCGAUGUAGCUUACAGCAGGUUAUGGUCGCUGAACUGCUGGAUGUCCAGGUGGUGCUCCGAAAACAAUGUGGGCUUUAUAGAUAAUUGGACUAACUCUGAGGGCAAGGCUGGCCUGUUAGGGCGGGACGGUGUCCAUCCCACUCGGGAAGGUGCUGCUCUCAUUUCUUGCAGCAUAGCACAUAAUCUCAGAACAGGCCUAGCUAAACCGACCGUCUGCUAGCUGCACUGAGUCGUCACUUAGGUUCCACCGUAUUGAGACUGUGUCUGUUCCCCGAGCUAAACAAAAUUAUAG